GGAGUCUCAUUUCUGAACCUUAUCAUCAGUCGCACAGCACGCUCGAACACAUUGGCUCUCCAUUUCUCCCAAGUGUCGUCUCCUUCAAUGGCGACGGUGCCUCUGUCCUUCUCCCCUCAAACCCUAACCCUUCGCUCUCACCCUAAAACGUCAGUCUUCAACACUGUGACCAGCCAUGGAUUCGGAUGGAAUCUUCCGCAUUCGAGCGUGAUCCGUACCCGUGCCCGAACGCUGAUUCGGGCGACCGUCGAUAGGGAUUUCUCGCCGAAGAGGAGCAGUAGCGGUGAGCAGAGGGAGACUAUUAUGCUUCCUGGUUGUGACUACAACCACUGGUUGAUUGUGAUGGAGUUCCCUAAGGACCCUGCUCCUACUAGGGAGCAGAUGAUUGACACUUAUCUCAAUACUCUCGCCACUGUCCUCGGAAGCAUGGAAGAGGCUAAGAAGAACAUGUAUGCCUUUAGUACCACCACCUACACAGGAUUUCAGUGCACUGUUGAUGAAGCAACUUCUGAGAAAUUUAAGGGUUUGCCUGGGGUUCUUUGGGUGUUGCCAGACUCCUAUAUAGAUGUUAAAAAUAAGGAUUAUGGAGGGGAUAAGUAUAUAAAUGGGGAGAUCAUCCCGUGCAAGUACCCUACCUAUCAACCGAAACGUGGUGGAUCGAAAAAUGAGAGCAGGAGGUAUGAAAGAAGGAGAGAUGGCCCGCCCCCAGAAAGAAGGAGAGAUAGCCCGCCCCCAGAACGCAGAUGACCAAGGCAAGAGGCAACCUCAGAAUGAGACUUUAAGAACUCUACUUGAGGUCAACAGUUUUGUUAAAAGAGAGUAAAACCAAAUGAAAUUUGCUGAGAAUUGACUUUUUUCAUGCUCUACGCUCUAUCAGGUGCUGCUCAUAUACGUUACCUAUGUUGGAAGUCUCUCCAGAUGCCUAGUGUUCUUUCAAGCUGUAUGAGUAGUUUCAGGAUUAUUAUGUUGAGAAAUGUGGUUAUGGACAGAGCAUGAUAUGCAUGCAGGAUGUUCAGAUACUAUGUUCUAGAAUGUUAUGCUCAUUAUCAUCAAACAAUUUGCCUCAGAACUAAAAAUGCAUUAUGUCCAGCUUUAUGGGUGUUUUAAGAAC